AAACUAUCUAUAAACUCAUAGAACGUUAAUUUGCCUAACCACACGUAUGCGUCCUAUAUUACGCAGUACAUAUCAAGCUGUUGGCCGUUCAUGUGACUCGUACACAAAUACGGAACGUAAUACGUAAAAUGCAUAUGUGUGUUUCACAUAUAUUCUAUAUGCAUGCGUGUACACAUUCAUAAGCAUGAUGUACUUAUAUAUCGUAUCGUCAUCAUCAGAGAAGCGAAGUGAGGUAGAGGCCACCCACUCUUUCCCACAGCAGGUUUUUCCCACGCCCCCCAGGGUAACCCCAACAUCCUUUUGCGGCAGCAAUUCCAGGGCAUCUACGGGGCAGAGGGGAGUAACUCACAUCAGAUUUAAAGUGGCGCGCGCGGCUAAAAUAAUGUCUAAGAGUUGGUAAGACUGUUCGGAAAAUUCGGAAAGUGAACAGGUGUUUUUUGAAUGGAUUAGGGAGAAUAGUCGACGAGGACGCAGAAGGAUUCACGAAUGGUGAACGAUCGACAAAUGGUGUAAUAUUUGUGAAUAAUCGACAAUUUAGAAAAUGCAUUGGGAUUUAUGUUUCAGUUCGAGCUAUUAUGAAAAAUGAGGUAAAUCAGCACAGGCAAUUAUGACAAGCCAUAACAUAGAUGACAAGGAUAGCAUGCAGCCAACCUAGCAUCUUUGUUGUACCAUAGAGAGAAUCGAAUCGGAGGUUAAAUAUGCCACACCAGUUUGGUUUGCCUACAAUGGCACAUGGAAUGCAAUCUCCUCCGUCGCCGACCUCGGUGAUGUCGGUUUACCCUCGAUAUGGAUCCGGUGUCUACAGACCGGAUCAUCAAGAUCAAAGGUUGACACGCGAAGCGAUGGAGCGUUAUUUGCGCGAUAGAAGCGACAUGGUUAUCGUAAUUCUUCAUGCUAAGGUUGCGCAAAAAUCGUACGGUAACGAGAAACGAUUCUUUUGUCCACCACCGUGUAUCUACUUGUUCGGAGAUGGUUGGAGAAUGCGUCAAGAACAAAUGCUUCGCGAAGGAGAGAGCGAACAGUCUGCUCAACUUUGCGCGUUUAUCGGAAUCGGUAACUCGGAUCAAGAUAUGCAACAGUUAGAUCUCAACAACGGUAAACAGUAUUGUGCGGCAAAGACAUUGUACAUUUCGGAUUCGGAUAAAAGGAAACACUUUAUGCUUUCGGUGAAAAUGUUCUAUGGUAGCGGACACGAUAUCGGCGUGUUUCACAGUAAAAGAAUUAAAGUGAUCUCGAAACCGUCUAAGAAGAAGCAAUCGUUGAAAAAUGCCGAUUUGUGUAUCGCGAGCGGAACAAAAGUGGCACUGUUCAACCGAUUACGGUCCCAAACGGUAAGCACGCGUUAUCUUCAUGUGGAAAAUGGAAAUUUUCACGCGAGUUCCACGCAGUGGGGUGCAUUCACGAUACAUUUAUUGGACGACAACGAGAGCGAAUCGGAAGAAUUUCAAGUGCGAGACGGUUACGUGCAUUACGGUAGCACGGUAAAGCUGGUAUGUUCCGUAACUGGAAUGGCGCUUCCGCGUUUAGUAAUUCGUAAAGUGGACAAACAAAUGGCCAGUUUAGAAGCGGAUGAUCCUGUUUCACAGCUGCACAAAUGCGCUUUUUACAUGAAAGACACGGAUCACAUGUACCUUUGUUUGUCCCAGGAACGCAUAAUACAGUUUCAAGCUACACCGUGUCCAAAAGAGGCGAACAAAGAAAUGAUAAAUGACGGUGCUUGCUGGACGAUUAUCAGCACCGAUAAGGCGGAAUAUCAAUUUUUCGAGGGUAUGGGACCGGUAAGAUCACCGGUGACUCCGGUACCGCUCGUUCACAGUUUGCAUCUGAAUGGCGGCGGCGACGUGGCGAUGCUCGAAUUAACCGGGGACAAUUUUACUCCGAAUCUUCAGGUGUGGUUCGGCGACGUGGAGGCAGAGACUAUGUACAGGUGCCAGGAAAGCAUGCUCUGCGUGGUACCCGAUAUAUCUCAAUUUAGAGGCGAAUGGUUGUGGGUACGGCAACCGACUCAGGUACCUGUUUCGUUGGUUCGUAACGACGGUAUCAUUUACGCGACCGGCUUGACGUUCACGUACACCCCGGAACCUGGUCCUCGGCCACACUGUCCGCCUGCAGACGAGAUCAUGAGAGCGCCGCGAACCAUGCACAAUCAAGCGAGUAUGCCACCCGCGAUCGCGGACGUACCCUGGAACACGCAUCAACCGCCUCAGUCGGGUCUCUGAUAUUUCCUAGAUAAUUACAGUGUGCAUCACCAAAGUUUACGACCUAGUGAGACGAACGCUGUUUCGAACGUUAUUCAUGCUCCGAACGAUAUUUCGACUUCAGUGGAUAACGAGUCGAUCGGCGACGAUACUAGCUCAACGACCUACGCGACGAAGAAUACGUUGCUCCGAGUCGAUAACGCGGUAGCAACCUUACACGAUACGAAGACGUAGCGAUUUUCGUCGCGUUGUAUCGUGUUGUUUCGCGUCAUCUCACCUCCCGCGAAACGUACUCCUCCGUGGAUAUGUACAAUGUGCCGUGUAUCAUUUCCCUAUGUUUAUAAUACGUAGGUUCCUAGCUUUAAGCGUUGAUACAGAGCGUUACACAGGGAUUAGAAUUUAUAGCGAUCUUAGAAUUAAGAGCUUUGUACGAAUGUGAAUAGCUAAUUAUUUGAUAGAACGGAGGAAUAGAACGGAUUUGUUAGUUCUACUCCCCCGUCUUCUACGAACCAUCUAAAUUUACGGCUUAGUCCGUACAGUUCCAUAUCGAUCGCUAACACUGGUUGUGUAUUCGACAUCGGUCCGACAAAAUCUCGUUGUCGAAGAAAUACUCUUUGAUUUAAAUGUUCGAGUCGCGAACGCGAUACAACAGACUUGCGAUGCAUUCUGUACGCGUAUACAUUUUACACGUUUAUAAAGCUCUAUAACCGAGAGAGUCUUGCGAUAAGCAACACCGUUUCGUUUAUCGCGAGUAGACGACCUGCGAGCGUCGAAGAUACCGAUUUAAGACAACAGGGAGAAUCCGAAGGUAACAUCAUGUACGCGUUGUUCAAAAAUUUUCCCACACUUUCUUUUCUCUUGUACAGUACCGAACACUUGGCUUUAACUAUAAGUUUGCCUUUGAUUCGGAGGUGUGCUACGGUUUUGACGUACAACCGCGUCGACGUAAAUUUCGUGAGAUAAUCGCGUUUGCGUAAUAAUACGCAAAAUUACAUGUAAUCUCAGAGAGACAUUUGCAAUAGUUUUACAAAAUUAUCUGCAUGACAUAGGAAUUAAUUUAGUUUUAACGGGGAAGGGGGGAAGAAACGAGUCGCGUUUUAAGGUCUCGUCAAAAUUACCUGUGCCACCUCGACUAAUUUAUCGCGCUCGGGUGUAUCAUGGUUUUCGUUUACCGAACAUUAUUUAUUUCUAUACAAUAUAUGUUAUUUCCCCGACGACACAUCUCGGAUCUUUAGCUUUUCUAACGUAGACGAAUAUCACGUUACGCACGCUUUUUAUUAAUCUCGCUCUAUUUAUCGGCACGUUGGUUUCUCGAAAUUCGCGAUAUCGUUUUACAAACAUGACCAUGCGCUUCAAAAGGUAUGACACGUAUCGAUGCAUUUCGGAUGGUUGAGACACAAAGAUGAAUCAACACACAUAUAUAUAUAUGUGUGUGUAUGUAUAUAUGCAUAUAUAUAUAUAUACGUUUUUAUGUCUCUCUAUGUUUUACAAUAAAUUUGAAAGAUUUCUAUAAUAAAGCCUUUUGCUUUA